GUUUGGUCACCCCGCUCUUUCGCCGCCGAAGCUACGCCGUAGAAAGAUCAUUUGCUUGUUAGUUAUGAAGCCUUGAAGCUUGAAUGGAGAGGGGAUUCGUUUUGCUUACCUACUGGUCGAGAGAGAAUGGAACAUGACUCAUAUAUAGUGUGGCAUCGUACUUCUCUGGCGGCGAUGAUGAGUAGAGGUUGGCGGACGGAACGGCAGCCGGGAAUGAGAGAACAAGUUGUAUGCUAAUGAUGGAGGGUGAGAUUUUGU